AUGCCUCUGGAUACAUGGGUCUCUGGAGGCGAGCAGGCCGUUACCUUUGCUUCCCGCACACCUCCAGCUUCACGAUGGAAUGACGAACUCGUGCUGCUGGCGAGGAGAACAGUUGCUAAUGUGAUCGGUCGGGUGUCUCAGAACCUGCAGGAAGUGCCAAUCGGUGUCGCUGAAGACGCGAUCAGCAGCGAAGUUCGGCGCAGCAGUCCUGCACGUGCCAAGGCUGCACUUCGGCUCCGCACGCCCAGUCCCACCCGAAGCUUUCGAACUUUCGAGCCAGUGUUGCAGACAAGGCAAACUCCCGACUGGAGAAGUGCCUGCAGAGUUUGUUCCGUGCUCCCUGCUUUCGUCCCUCCUCACAAUGCGAUGAUAAGAUAUGCCUUCAUGAGAGGAAGCCGCACGGCUCGAGGGUCCGACAAGAGGAAAUAG